AGUUCUGUCGCCAUCUUGCAAGCAAUGACACAUCGUCGCUCGUCGGACGUGUUUAGUUUCUCGAUAAGGCCUGUGGGGACUGGAAUCGUUUCGGGAUUGCUGAGUAAAUUCAAUGAUUCCUCGCAGUCGUAAGUUCGUCGCGAGGAAGUGUUGAUCAGUCGAAAUCGUUCCGCCGAGGUUUAACUGCGGAACCUAUAUAAUUUUGGACAGAGGCUAAAAAAAGAUCAGCUGGAAUUCGAUUAUUUCGAAUAAAAUGGGGGUUAUAUUCCUCGAACAUAUUGGAGGCGUUCGUCUAUUCUCCUGCGCUUCCUGCGACACGAAUCUAACGAAUCGAAGCCAAUUGAUUAGCACUAGAUUUACGGGGGCGACCGGACGAGCCUUUCUGUUUAAUAAAGUGGUAAACCUCAAUUACAGCGAGGUACAGGACAGAGUCAUGCUAACGGGUCGACACAUGGUGCGCGAUGUCAGCUGCAAAAAUUGUGAUGCCAAACUUGGAUGGGUAUACGAAUUUGCAACGGAUGACAACCAGCGGUACAAAGAAGGUAGAGUCAUCUUAGAGAGGGCGCUUGUCACUGAAAGUGAUGGAAUGGGCGAGAAUAUCUAAUAUUCGAGCCUACAAUUGGAAGCGAAACGGUGCUGAGCGUCACAGGUAAUGAGAAGCUUUAUUUGACGAUAUAUUUCUCAGAAUGGAACGUUAUCCCAACAAAAUUGGUUGGGGUUGUUGCCGUUAGCCAAUGCGAUGAAGCUUGUGUUGAUAUUAGUCUAUAUUACCUGUGGCAGCAAGCAUCCAUCCCUGUAGAAUAUUUGUUUGACUUUAGUUAGAAUUGUAUGUUUACUAUGAUAUUUAUACAUAUAUAUAUAUAUAUAAAGUUUAUGUUGAUUUAAG